UCAUGGCCAGGUCCAGUAUACUUUCUCUCCCUGCUCUGGACUCUUCCAGAUGCCUCUGGUUGUACUCUCUCUCAUAUCUACAAUAAAAACUUUCCCUUUAACCAUACCGUGGAGUGGUACUGAACACACUCGAACACCAAAUUCUCAGCACAAAGGAGAUUUUGAUUACCCUGGGUGUGUGUGUGGGGGGGCUGCCUCUGGAUCAGGGGGCUGCCUCUGGGUCAGGCAAAGACAGCAGCAGGUGUCUCUGAGGUAGGGGCUUUUGAGGAGCAAAGGGGAAGCCUAUGCUAGCUUAAGUUGGUAAAUCCUGAUUGAACAUGUUAGCCAGUGUAGUCAAAUAAUGAAUUUUGAUUGCUGGACUUUGGUGUUUUGGUAGCUGGACCUUGGAGUUUUAGUCAGGCAUAAGGAAGUGGCCAAAUAAGGGAAUAGACCUUGGUGGCUAGCUUUAGGAAUGUAAUCUAACAGUUUAGCAAGGGAGAGGGCAGAGGGCCUUGAUGCCACAUCUCUCCUCAAACUCCUAAAACACCCUGGACCCAGAAACUUACAUUUUCUUUUAUAUACAUUUUAUAUGAAGGAACUGGUCCUUCCUUUCUCAGUGCUUUCUGGAUUUCGCUGAAAUUCUUGGGAAGACACCACCACUGCUUCUCCCAUCACAAUACAACCAGACACAGCUCUGGAGUGGCAAGAGUCAUCUCUGGGAUCCAGAGAGGAAGAAACCUUUCUGGAAAAAAGUAUCUUUCAUUGGUGCUGAAGGAGACAGGCAGGAAGGUGCUUAUUUGCUCCUGUGUUCCUGUCGUCACAGGAACUGGGUCUGAUCUGUCAUCGUUCCCAGUCCAGCUCACAUUUAUAUACCAAACAAGCCUAAUUCCGUGAUGGACAGUGCUAUCCCUUCCCUAUCUGAUCCUUAGCAUUAGCUCCAGAACCCUACCUACCAUCAACCCGAACGUAGGACCUAACCUUCGGUGACAACUCAGUUGGGAACCCUGGGCUUUCUUGUGGCUUUGGGGACUGUGAUCAUGAUAAUGGUGGGGAGGAAGAGCACAGCUGACUGUAACAGGGUGCUGUGUACCAGGUCCUGUGAUAAACACUUAACACUCACUACUCUGGUUUCUCAAGUCCUAAUGGAACUGGUUUAGUUCUCUCUUGCUACCUUAAAAAAAAAAGUCCCCAAAAUGUAGCGAUUUAAAUCAAUGCGUAUUUAUAAUCCCACAGCUUGUGUGACUCAGGUAUGGAGGAUUCCUGUUCGCCAGGGUCACUUAGAGUGCUGCCUGGGUGCCUUCUCCAGAAUCAAUUGUGAAAGGCACUGCUCCUUACUCUAUACACUUAUGGACAGAGUGUGCUUCUACAUGGCUGAUAAACUCAGGCCACUAGCGAAGGGUUCAUCAGUGGCUGUUAACUAAGAACAUACUCCUAGUCCUUUGCCAGAUGAGUCUUGCUAAUAUGGCAGCCUCAUGCUUCAGAGGUAGUAAUCUUCUAGCAGGAUGGACGAUUUCCUUCUUUUGCAACCUGGUCAUGGAAACGGUUAUCAUCUCUGCCAUAUUCUUCUCUCUAGAAUCAAGUCACUAGGUCCAGCUCACACUCGAAUGGAGGGGAUUACUUACAUAGGAGACAGGAGUCAUCAGUGACCAUCAUAGGAACCUUUGCAGAAGGAGAGAGAUAAAGGCCAGACUGCAAAGAUAACCCCAAGCACAGAAGAGGGAAGUAGCUCAAGGUGAGAGUUGAAGCUACUAUAUGCAGAAGGAGGAAGGGCCCGCUAUUGUAUUUGACCUGCAGUCUCUUCCUGUCUCUCCUAGCCCUAACACAAAGGUGGACUAAGGAGGUGGCGGGCACAAGGCUAAAGGGUGUGAGUAGAAACACCGUGACACUGCACAAACACUUGCCCAUCGGAAAAGCAAAUGAUCAGCGAUGACAACAGAGAAGCAUAAAAAGCAUCUGGGCGAAAAGGACUCAGAAGCCCUUGUGGGAAGACAGCUUUUGCCAUGGAUGUGCCAGGGUAUCAAAUAGAAAAGGCAGGAAGUAAGGCAGGAAGCAGAUCUGGAGUAAGGCGUUUGCAACCACAGACUGUCAAGAUGAAGGAAACAAACUUCAGGCAGAGUACAUAAGGCAGCUGCAAAAAGAAUUCCUUUCUUUCUUUCUUUCUUUCUUUCUUUCUUUCUUUCUUUCUUUCUUUCUUUCUUUCUUUCUUCCUUCCUUCCUUCCUUCCUUCCUUCCUUCCUUCCUUUCUUUCUUUCUUUCUUUCUUUUUUUUUUUUUAAGAUUUAUUUGUUAUGCAUACAGUGUUCUGCCAAUGUGUAUGCCUACAUGCCAGAAGAGGGCACCAUGUCUUAUUAUAGAUGGUUGUGAGCCACCAUUUGGUUGCUGAGAAUUGAACUCGGGUCUUCUGGAAGAGCAGCCAGUGCUCUUAACCUCUGAGCUGUCUCUCCAGCCUUGCAAAAAGACUUCUAAGACAAUGUUACACAGAGCAAAGGUGUAGAGGCGAGGAUGAGGAACAUUGUUCGGCAGCAUCUGCUAAGAUAAAUUCUACUUGACAUAUCUUAGGGAAAGGUUGCAGAUUUUUCAGAGCCUUUGAUCUGUCAGUGUGCUGUGUGAUGCUGUGUGGGGGACAGAGAGUGGAGAAUGUAAUAGGAGGCAUUCCUGACAUGUACUUUCUUGGUAUACACGGUAGCUACAACGUGCUGCGGCCUUGUGGGGAACGCUCUUAGAUCCAAUGCCUGUGGAUCUUUUUUGAGAGCGGGAAGAGGGUUGGGUGAAACAUUUAUAAUGAACCAGGAACGGUAGCCUGCGCUACAGUCAUAGAGAAUAAACACUCAUAAGAACCUGUUAGCCAGAGGUGAUGACGGGAUGGCACCAUCUGCACCCCAAUGACGGGAAGGAUCCCAAAGCAGAACUCAAACAGCAGUCAUCACAUCAUCCUCUUUCACAGCCAUGCCCACAUGCCCCCACAUAGUCCCUUCUCCAGUAUGCUCCUUCUGUCUCCUCCUGGAAUGCUCUCCUAUCAACAGAAGGAUUACUCCCUGGCCUGCUCCUGGGGGAAUUUCCCCAAUAUCAGGAUAUCGGGGCAAUGAGGGGCAGAGUCUCUGCGAUAGCAAGACAAAGACGCUAGGAGUCUUGGAAAAAUGUCUUCUUAGUGCUGAGAGAGAAAAUGAAAUCAGGAAAAGAUUCCUUGCCAACAACAGAAGCAAUCGUUUAUGGGGAGAUGUUAACUUCUGUAGCUUUUAGAGGAGAAUUCCCUACAGUGAGGCCUGAGACACCAGUGUCUUCAUAAUCAAAAGGUUUAGGACCGUUCCUCUAGCACCUGGGAGCAGCUAAGGUCCUACCCACUAACCCGAGCCAACUGACUACGUGCAUCCUUCCCUUCCUGGAGGACACAGUGUUAUGUUUCUAGGUUUCCCCUGGAGGAUAUUACAGUAACUUUCAGUGGUUAAUGAAUAGCUUCCUGGUGCCUGCUUCACUUAAUUGUUCAAAGGCCGUUUGCUCCUGUGUAUAAGGCUGCGACUUGGCUAAUGAGUGCACUUCCCUGAGCAGGCCUGGAAGCAGAGGAGUGGCAGGGUCAGACGGACUCCAGAGAAGCAGGGAUGCAGAACAGGACUGUUCUAAUUCUCUGUGCCCUCUCCCUCCUCACAGGCUUCCUGAUGAUCUGCCUGGGGGGCUUCUUCAUCUCCAACUCCAUAUUCCACUCUCAGAGGAAUCUUGUCGUGUCCUACGUGCUUCUGCCUAUGGGGUUUAUAAUCCUGCUGAGUGGAAUUUUCUGGGCCACUUACUGCCAAGCAAGCGAAAACAAAGAGAUGUUCAACCAUGCACUCAGACAGCACCUUGCUUCCCAGGACCCACCCCUGGCCACGGUAGACAGGCCCGACUUUUACCCCCCAACUUAUGAAGAAAGCCUGGAUGCUGAGAAACAGGCCUGCGAUGCAGGCAGAGGGCUUCUGGGAUUCCCUCCUCCUCCCUAUACAGCAACAAGCCUUGAACUUGAAGAUGAAAAUGACCCGCAACCAGAGGCCCCACCCCCCUACCAGGAGAGAACAGCGGAUGCAGUGGUUACAGCAGAGGCACAGAAUGCCGAUGCCCAGGGACCAAGUCUGGCACUGAAGGCAGGACCUGCUCUCCUGUCCUCAGAACUCACCAGCUGCUGAGGAGACAGGCUGGCCAGGGACUGGGAAGCUGCUCUGCCACUCUGCACUGGAGCAAGGCCACCAUGGGUUCAAGGGCAGCAUGGAGCCACUGAAGUUCAUAGCCACCAGCAGGAAGUUGGUGCAGAGAAAUCCCAUGAAGCCCAACCCAAGUGAACUUUAGACUGAAGAGAAGGUAUAUGGCCAGGCCUUCCGCCUCCCUGCUAACCCCAUGACCUCAACUCAAGCCUGGAGGUGCACUUACUGUUGGUGGGACUGCCACAGCCCUUCACAUACUAUGUCCAAAGAAUCUCAAAGGGAAGACUUCCUGGGAGGCAGCCUUGGAGUCACCCCACUGACCAUGCUACCCGAAUGACACCAUAGCUCAUACACAUCAUGGGAAGUGCCCUCGGAACCUAGGGACAUUAUUUUGUAUCAUUUUAUUUUAAUAAUGUAUGUUUUUUUUCUGUAUGAAAGGGAAGAGACUGCAAUAUUUGCUUUUAAAUGGUACAAACACAAAACACUGAGUUACCUCUUCAAGAGGUCCUGAUACAGGCACAUAGGGGUUCUUACCGAUUCAAGUUGACUAGAUAGAAUACUUAAUUCAUGAUCCAGGGAGUCAAGAGUGAUGCUAAUAUACAACGUAUUACAAAUCUUGUGAAAUUUAAAAAUGUUUAUAUGCAGUUUUCCAGGAUGCUCCCCCAACUCAAAUUCGGAAUGUAAGAUAUCAAAAACUGUAAGGUCAUGUUUCCAUUACCGGGAUAUUUUUUGUGUCUCAACAUCUAGAAGUCUAGUUCUCGACUUAAAAACCCAAUGGUCCCUCCUUGGUUUUAUUUUCUUGGUGGGGUUUCUUAAAAUCAGAGAGCAGGUUGUCGGGAGGAAAGUCGCAGGACACACAGGCUGAGACUUUGAACGUGGAUGAGGGCAUCCAUCUUCCCGCCUCAAGUUCUCUCUCUCCCAAGUGAGGCAUCUGUGCUCAGGUUGAUAUCUAACAGUUAUGGUAUGCCUUUCACGUGGUGGGCUCAACUAGUCCUCCAUGUGUGUUAUUUAGCCCCCUACCCCAUCUUUAAGAGGUAGGUGCUAUGAGCAUUCCUGUUUUAGGGAUGGGUCAACUGAGGUUUCGAGGAUUCAGGAAAUGUGUUCAAUAAAACAGCGGCCUCAAGGAAGGUGAAGAACCAAAAGGCACAUGAUGGGAGUCACUCACCUCACACUUUUGAAUUAGGCUAGCUAUGUCUUUCCUCUUUCCCAGACACAGCUUAGAUUUCUCGUUCCAUGUCAAAAGUGACCCCUAACAGAAAGUAGUGUUCCAGGUCACUGCCACACCGUCCACGCUUGAAGAAGCAGCUGAGGUGGCUUUAGGAUUAUUGGGCUUUUCGGUUAAAAUGUGUCAGCCUGUUUCCUGUCUGUGAAAUGGGCCCUCAUAGUGCAGUUUUCCUGAAUCCUACAGAGGGUAGCCACGGUGAUGGUCGCAGGAGAAGAGCCUUUGAAAACUCACAGGGAAGGAUGACAUCUUUCAAGAAGAGAGUCAUCAAGGUGGGGCCGGGUAUCCAUGGUCUCAGCUUCUCCAUUGGUGUGGAGUACACAGUUAGCGAACAGACUGAUAAAUGUAUAAGAUGCCAAAUGAACAAAACCCUAGUCCAUGAAUCUCUGCUUUGAAUCCUGGACAAUGAAGGAAUGACUAGAUAGGAAGGCCACUGAUGACUGUUCAGCAGGACGGCGACCAUUUAUUACCAGUGCAAUUUGUCAUUUCUUUCCUGUCAUCUCUUUUCAUCCCCCUCCUGAGCAGUUUACCCCACUGGUCUGAAUGACCAGCAUUAUCGGACUUCUACCCAGAUUUGCACACAGAAUAGAUGUUUUUUCUACCACCGGGGGACAGAUGAACCAAACGUUCAAUUUGGUUUGCACACAUUGUAUUAGUUUCCUUAAGGCAAUAAAUUUUGUAUUCAGAGUCUUUUUGAAAUUUAUUUUGUGGGUGUGUGUUGUACUUGCAUGUGUAUGUGCAUAAGUGCAUGUAUGUGUACACACAUGGAGUAGUCGGGGGCUGUUGUUUCAGGUAAGCUGACUGGCAAGUGAAUUUCCAGGGAUCUUUCUAGGUUCCUGGCAUGAGUGAGGAUUUAUGCUAGUUCCUCAUGCUUUCACAGCAAGCAUGCUAACCCCUGAGUCACCUCUCCAUUACCUCAGACUUUACUUCCUUCUUGUUUUUUUUUUUUUUUUGUCACUUUUUGUAUCAGAAAAAAAAAAUCAGUAGAGGAUUCUAAGUCAUGGUAGCAUUCUCCACAGUAUCAAGAUGAGUUCAUAUUUCUGCAAACCCAAAUGUGAUUGACAACAGAUGUUGCCUCAGAAAACAACCUGGUGCUUCCUUUUUAAAAAGAACACUGAAGUUGGGCAUGGCGGCACACACUUGUAAGCCAAGUACAUGUGAGGCAGAAGCUGGAGAAUCAGGAGUUCAAGGUCAGCCUUAGAAAGAAGGAAGGAAGGAAGGAAGGAAGGAAGGAAGGAAGGAAGGAAGGAAGGAAGGAAGGAAGGAAGAGAGGGAGGAAGGAAGAGAGAGAAAAAAGACAAAGAAAAAACAAAUUAGCACUAAAACAUACUCCUCGCCAUGUUUCUAAAACACAUGUACUCUGAUUCAUGAGUUGAGAACCUGGGUAUCAUGCAAAGCAAUCUUGCAUUUUCGAGUCACAGCAACUAAAAUCCACUGGGCAAGUCAAACAAGUGUAUCCUGCUGUAGUGAAUGAUACAUUAUUAUCCCCUACAGGAUGCACUCAGGGAAAGUAGCUUCUUUCUCGGGUGUGUGAUCAAAUGAAAUGAUGCUGGGUUGGGAGCCGUGGUUCCAUGGAUACUGAGGAGGGCAUUUGGACGUGACACAAUGGAGAGAGGAAAGUGUCCGUGGCAAAGGAUCCUCACUCGUUCUUCUUCACCCCUAGGGUGAAUUAUAGUGCCCCGGGCCCCCAAUUUAUAGUUUCAUGUUGUUCCCUUGAUGAACAAGUUUAAAUAAUUGCCAUCAGCACCUAGAAGAUCAGGACGGCAAGGCCAGUAUGCAGUACAUGAUGCUGGAUCUUCACAUAUCUGAGAGGUGCUGGCUCUCUUUUGACCCCUCCAUGCAAAAACUCCCGGGGGGUUUCUUACUGACACAUCUGUUUGUCUCUCAAGAUUUCACCUUAGUAUACUGUUUUUGGUGAAGCGUCAUUCUAGCUCACCUUCAAGGCACGGCACAUGCUAAGUGCUGAAAGAAAUGGAAAGAAGAGAGACUCACGGAUUUGUUACUCCACCCUGCUCUCGAAAGUUCCAUGACAACCCAGGGGACUCACAACAGUGAGCUGCCAAUUGCAUGGGCUAUUUCUGCGGGUAAAGUCCCCAGCUGGUUGAAGUUGAGCAGGCAUUCUGCUAAGCUCUGUUGCCUCAGAUAAUCUCUUGCCGUCUGUAACUGUUGAUCCAAACACUGAUUUACCAGCCGUGGGCAUGGAGUCAUCUUACUGUCAUUAUUAGUUCCCACAAAGGCUUUGUCAUCCUUUACAACAGCCGUAGCUCAUGGAUCUGCCCACCAGAAAUCUCAAGUCAUGAGAGUAUCAUGUCUUUGUUUGUGUGCCAUGAUUUAGUGUGGCCAAAUCUAGUGCAGGGCUCCACCAACGAUGGCUAUCAAUCUAAGGGCUUCUUGUGUGAAAGCAUUCAUGACCUGCAAAUAUGACGGAUUCAUUCUGCAAUCUGGAACAGAAAGAUCUGAUAAAUGUUCUCUCUUUAAAGUAGGCUACCCUUCUGUGUAUGUGUAUGUGCUUGUGUGCACAUACAUGUGGAAGUCAGAGGUCAAUGUUGGGUGCUCCCCACUUUAGUCUUUUGAGACAGUUUAUCACCUAAACCCAUCUUCCUAGCCCCCUUCCAUUUUUUAAAAGGGUGAUGAAGAAGUUCAAGAAUCCUGGGUGAAACAAAGCAACCUUUUGUUUUGUUUUGACUGACACUUAGUAGGCAGGGUAAACGUCUCCCUGACACAUAUGCACACAUAUUUCCAAAUCCCCUAGAUGAAUUGGGCACUGCUUUGGUUAAGAACCACUAUAUAUAUGUGGUGGCUUGCCACCUUCCAGAGACAUAUGUUGCAGCUAAGGAACCCCCGAGUGCUAGAAGAUCACCAGAGUGGCCCUAAUAGUGACCUCACUAUAAAAUAGCCUCUUCUGUGAUUCAUUGUGCUGGUUCACAUGAAAUUCUUGUAUAUCUCAUGUCACUCACUCUUAUUUUUUAAAAAAUAUUAUCUGUGGGGGGGUGGGGCGGUUUACAUGCCAGGACACAUAUGGGGGUCAGCAGACAACCGUAUGGAGUCAAGUCUCUCUUCCUACCUUUCUGUAGAUACUGGGGAUUCAACUCAAGUCACUCAGGAGGCUUGCACAGUAAGCACCUUUGCCUACCCCCAGCCAUCUCACUGACCCUCAGGUCAUUUGCUCCUAAAGGCUGGUUGCUGGCUCUCCAUCUUUAACAAGAGGAGCAUCAUAUAGGGAAGAGUGGUUUGCCGGCUUUCAUCCCUCAUCAGAGUAACACAAGAGUUCAUAUAUGCAGUCUUGGGUUCAGGCAGAAAUAAUACCUCAGCAAUGUAAACUUGAGAGGGCUCAGAGACAGGCCGUGUCCUAGAAUCACUGAGAAACCUGCUCUUUGUUAACACAGCCAAGAGAAAAUGAUGGCCAUUUAGAUCUGCUCCCCAUGAUGUUAUGUCCUAUGUCUGCCUGAAUGCCAACCAUCACACCAACCUCUGGCCCCCAAGGUCAGCCUCUUCUGUAAGUCCUAGCUAACAACGACUAUUCUGCCUUGCUGUUUCCAUUCACCUCUGGUAAAUUAUACAAACGCUAAUGAACCCCAAGAAACCCUAUUCUUUAGGAAGCCUCCUGUUACCAGUGUCCCACCAUUUCUGAGUCAAUCACUCUCCAUGUGUUCCCAAGGCUCAUGCUUGCACUUCUGCUGUGAUAUGUAUGCCUCCCCAAUUACUUGUUUGUCACAGCCAACUCUUUCCAAACUGUAAGUUCCCCAAAGCGGGAUAACUCCUCCCAUCUUCCUGUUACAUCUAAAAGAGGAAUGUGCCUGGAGUAGCUACUCACCCAGGGUUUGCUGAAUGGAUGAAUGAAUGAAUGAACAAAUGAAUUGAUGGGUAACUAUAAACUGGGCUACUACACACACAUAAACAAAGGGAAACAAUCUUCAAGUAGAAGAACUUGAACUUAAAAGUUAGAGAUGAUUUAAGUUCAGGAACUGGAGGCAAAACUAUUUGCUUCUCCGGUUAGAGCUGAUGUGCCUAAAGGAUUUGUCAGAGUGCCCUAACGUCCACAGUGAAUGAAUGGAUGGGUGUUAUCAGGGACCUUUACUCCAGAGAUAAUGAGAGUGAAAGCUACAAGGCAAAAAUUUUCCAUUCGUGAUGUAUCAUAUAUAUAUUAUAAUCUCAGCUCAAAGCCACCUUCCUAUAAUUCUGAAAUAAAGACUGUUAUAGUGAAAGACUAGAUGCCAUUUUAAUUUUUGCUGAUUCCCCAAACCAAUUUUGAGCAAUUCAUUUCUUUUUCUGUCCUAUUUUUAAAAUCCACCCUCUGCCCGCCCCCCCUCCCCCGAGUCAUUAGAAUGAACCACGGUCUUUGCCAUUGUUCUGAAAGGCUGAUUUAUCACUACACGUGACCGCUAUCGGAGCUGCCAAGUGGCAAGAGACACAGAGGAGCUGAAGCCCACACAGUUUUGUGUGGAGGGUGAAAUAAGGAAGUUCCGUUUUAUUGGCCACUAAAUAUCCUAGCAAGUUUCUGACAGAAGCACAGAGAGAAAAUGGAAACAAACCCCUUUCUGGGAAAGGGGCACUGACCUUGACGGCACUGACCUUGACGGCAGCAACCUCGCCUUGCUUUGGCAGCAACCGCCAAAGGGCACUAGGUCGUCUUCACAAAUGACGUGAUAAGUGAACCUGCAGUUCCCAAGGAAGCCAAACACAAGCAAACACAUCCUGUGCCCAAUGGAGGAGGACUCUGCCCCAGUCCACGUGCAGCCGGAGCUGCCAGGUCCCUUUUCCUUCCAGGCAAAGAAAACUAGUUGUGACAACCCACUUCUCGGUCUCAUAGGGCCCAGGACUCUCCCACUAAUUAUUGCAGCCCCUUCUGGUCUCCUUUAUCCAGCCACUGUGAAUGAGAUCAGAACCCACGGUGGUAUUCUCCCUGGGAGGAUUUACACAAACUUAUGUAUGGACGUCUGUGACAUAAUCAAGAAAGCUUCCCCCUCAUUUCUCAGUCUUUUCCAGAAAAUCCUCCCCCACCUGCACAGGAAAUGGCUACAUUCAGAACAUUCAGAAGGGUGCAGCCGCCUUGGUAGCUCAGUUAAUACUAUAUGCAAAAUAAGAGAGGAAAACGCCCUUUUAUAAGUCUUGUUGGAGGUGUGCCAUUGUGGUUUACAGAAAACUCCAGAAGAUGUGAGAGAGGCAGUGUAGAGAUGGUGGGAGGCUGGGGAGAAUGGACUGUUGGAUGGUUGGUGGGAGAGGGGUGUGUCCUAGAAGUUUUAAACCUUUCUGUUAUAGAUCUGAUGAGGAGUGCAGCUGAGACCUCCUCUGUGUUGGUGAGGUCUUCUGCCUGCCCAAAGCCCUUAGAAUGUAGAGUCAGGCCAAUUUUGGAUCUCUCUCUCUCUCUCUCUCUCUCUCUCUCUCUCUCUCUCUCUCUCUCUCUCUCUCAAGACCCCCGAAAUACACAGGGGCUCUGAUUAAUAGUUUCCUAGCGCACCUGUCUUUCUCCAAAGGGGAAGCUUGUUGGUGUGAUGAAAUAUAGAUAUUAAACAACAGUGAAGCGUUGACAGAUAGCUAAAGACCCUGCUGCAUUUGGAGGGGCUGAACAAAUCCAAACAAAAGGGGUGCUCACCCCCCUUCCCAC